UUAUGGCUAAUUAGCCUCUGUGCUUUGGUUUCCUCAUGUACAGAGCAGGAAUAACAGUAAAUCCACUUCACAAGAUUGUUGUGAGGAUUAAGUGAGUGUGUUGAGGAAUAUGUGGUAGUAGGUUUAACCCGGCAUAUAGUGAGCAUUCAAUACCUGUUAGCUAUUAUCAUAAUUAUUUAAGAUAUUAGAGGCCAUUAAGGUUUCACUGGGAACAUCUGGAAAGCGUCUAGCCUCUCUGUUUCUCGCCCUGUUCUCCCUUCAUACCUUCCACGUGGAAGGCAUCAUAGCCAGAUGGAGCAGUGACUCCAUUCUUCCCCAUUGCGCCUCCUGUCUCUCCAGGUGAGUGUUUUAGUGUAGUUUAACUUUUUUUCUUUCUUUCAGAGCUGCAUUGUAGUCUGAUAAUUUUCUGCAUAUAAAAUUAUACAGUUUUAUUAAAAGACACGAAAGAAGAUCUAAAUAGAGACAUAUCCCAGAUCCGCGAUGGGAAGUUUCAGUAUCAGUGUUUUUGUUUUACGAGGAGAAAAGUCAAGUCCGUAGGAUGGUGGUUAUAUCAACAAACUCUUGAAAGCAAGGCCGAGAGCAAGCCCUGGAGGUUCACUCUUUCAAGAAAUCAUGUGUUGAGGUGUAAUGCUACACAAGUCAGAGGAAGGAAGGAUCCUGAAACACAUGGCCUGAUUGUUGGCAAAGGCAUCGUAAGAAGCUGGCAUUUAUUUCUGUUCUAACCCAUUACUGUAUAACUGUGAAUUGACACUAUGCAUACUUGUUGGUCAGCAAAGCCAAGAAACAAGAGCUAUGGCAGUUGAGAAAGUCUGUCUGAUUCCAGGGUGUUUUUUCUGGGUUUCAUCAUCAGGUACUUCCUCCCUUUCAUCGCAGCAAGUAUGUGGCACCUUUUACCGUUUGAUAAAGAUUAAGGACAUGUUCUUUGGUCAACAGCCAGAACUUAAAAUCUUCUGGAAUAGGGUCAGAGACCAUUUCAGCUGCAGCUGAGGAAAAUGAAAUUUCCAUUUUAUUUGGUGCCUUGUCCAGGGAGCACACUAACUCUUCUGGAAACGCGUCAGUGAAACAGAGAUAGUUUUGUGGAAUAGCAACCCAUGGUUAUGGCGAGUGACCCGACGUGAUCUGGGGGGCAGGCUGCAGAGGACUCAUGACAGGCUAUACCAUGCUGCGGAAUGGGGGCGUGGGGAACGGAGGUCAGACCUGCAUGCUGCGCUGGUCCAACCGCAUUCGCCUCACGUGGCUCAGCUUCACGCUCUUUGUCAUCCUGGUCUUCUUCCCGCUCAUCGCCCACUAUUACCUCACCACUCUGGAUGAGGCUGAUGAGGCAGGCAAGCGGAUUUUUGGCCCCCGGGUGGGGAACGAGCUGUGCGAGGUGAAGCAUGUGCUGGAUCUGUGCCGCAUCCGGGAGUCGGUGAGUGAAGAGCUCCUGCAGCUGGAGGCCAAGCGCCAAGAGCUGAACAGCGAGAUCGCCAAGCUGAAUCUGAAGAUAGAAGCCUGUAAGAAGAGCAUCGAGAAUGCCAAGCAGGACCUGCUCCAGCUCAAGAAUGUCAUCAGCCAGACCGAGCAUUCCUACAAGGAGCUCAUGGCCCAGAACCAGCCCAAGCUGUCCCUGCCUAUCCGACUGCUCCCAGAGAAGGACGAUGCAGGCCUCCCUCCCCCGAAGGCCACUCGGGGCUGCCGGCUGCACAACUGCUUUGAUUAUUCUCGUUGCCCUCUCACCUCUGGCUUUCCGGUCUAUGUCUAUGACAGUGACCAGUUUGUCUUUGGCAGCUACCUGGAUCCCUUGGUCAAGCAGGCUUUUCAGGGGACAGCACGAGCUAACGUUUAUGUUACAGAAAACGCAGACAUUGCCUGCCUUUACGUGAUACUAGUGGGAGAGAUGCAGGAGCCGGUGGUGCUGCGGCCUGCUGAGCUGGAGAAGCAGUUGCAUUCCCUGCCACACUGGCGGACAGAUGGACACAACCAUGUCAUCAUCAAUCUGUCGCGUAAGUCAGAUACACAGAACCUCCUAUAUAACGUCAGUACUGGCCGUGCCAUGGUGGCCCAGUCCACCUUCUACGCUGUCCAGUACAGACCUGGCUUUGACUUGGUCGUAUCGCCGCUGGUCCAUGCCAUGUCUGAGCCCAACUUCAUGGAAAUCCCACCACAGGUGCCAGUGAAGCGGAAAUAUCUCUUCACCUUCCAGGGCGAGAAGAUUGAGUCUCUGAGGUCUAGCCUUCAGGAGGCCCGCUCCUUCGAAGAGGAAAUGGAGGGCGACCCUCCUGCUGACUACGAUGACCGGAUCAUUGCCACCCUGAAGGCGGUGCAGGACAGCAAGCUGGAUCAGGUCCUGGUGGAAUUCACCUGCAAAAACCAGCCCAAACCCAGCCUGCCGACUGAGUGGGCACUGUGUGGGGAGCGGGAGGACCGCUUAGAAUUGCUGAAGCUCUCCACCUUCGCCCUCAUCAUCACCCCCGGGGACCCUCGCUUGGUUAUUUCCUCUGGGUGUGCAACACGGCUCUUUGAAGCCUUGGAAGUUGGUGCCGUCCCGGUGGUGCUUGGGGAGCAGGUCCAGCUUCCCUACCAGGACAUGCUGCAGUGGAACGAGGCGGCCCUGGUGGUGCCCAAGCCUCGUGUUACCGAGGUUCAUUUCCUGCUCAGAAGCCUCUCCGAUAGUGACCUCCUGGCUAUGAGGCGGCAAGGCCGCUUUCUCUGGGAGACUUACUUCUCCACUGCUGACAGUAUUUUUAAUACCGUGCUGGCGAUGAUUAGGACUCGCAUCCAGAUCCCAGCCGCUCCCAUACGGGAAGAGGCGGCAGCUGAGAUCCCCCACCGUUCAGGCAAGGCGGCUGGAACCGACCCCAACAUGGCUGACAACGGGGACUUGGACCUGGGGCCAGUGGAGACGGAGCCGCCCUACGCCUCACCCAGAUACCUCCGCAAUUUCACUCUGACUGUCACUGACUUUUACCGCAGCUGGAACUCUGCCCCAGGGCCUUUCCAUCUUUUCCCCCACACUCCCUUUGACCCUGUGUUGCCCUCAGAGGCCAAAUUCUUGGGCUCAGGGACUGGCUUUCGGCCUAUUGGUGGUGGAGCUGGGGGUUCUGGCAAGGAGUUUCAGGCAGCGCUUGGAGGCAAUGUUCCCCGAGAGCAGUUCACGGUGGUGAUGUUGACUUAUGAGCGGGAGGAAGUGCUUAUGAACUCUUUAGAGAGGCUGAACGGCCUCCCUUACCUGAACAAGGUCGUGGUGGUGUGGAAUUCUCCCAAGCUGCCAUCAGAGGACCUUCUGUGGCCUGACAUUGGCGUCCCCAUCAUGGUGGUCCGUACUGAGAAGAACAGUUUGAACAACCGAUUCUUACCCUGGAAUGAAAUUGAGACAGAGGCCAUCCUGUCCAUCGAUGACGACGCUCACCUCCGCCAUGACGAAAUCAUGUUUGGGUUCCGGGUGUGGAGAGAAGCUCGGGACCGCAUCGUGGGCUUCCCUGGCCGUUACCACGCAUGGGACAUCCCCCAUCAGUCCUGGCUCUACAACUCCAACUACUCGUGUGAGCUGUCCAUGGUGCUGACAGGUGCUGCCUUCUUUCACAAGUAUUAUGCCUACCUGUAUUCUUAUGUGAUGCCCCAGGCCAUCCGGGACAUGGUGGAUGAAUACAUCAACUGUGAGGACAUCGCCAUGAACUUCCUUGUCUCCCACAUCACUCGGAAGCCCCCCAUCAAGGUGACCUCACGGUGGACGUUCCGAUGCCCAGGAUGCCCUCAGGCCCUGUCGCACGAUGACUCCCACUUCCACGAGCGGCACAAGUGCAUCAACUUCUUUGUGAAGGUGUACGGCUACAUGCCCCUCCUGUACACGCAGUUCAGGGUGGACUCCGUGCUCUUCAAGACACGCCUGCCUCAUGACAAGACCAAGUGCUUCAAGUUCAUCUAGGGGCAGCGCAAGGUCUGGGGAAGAGGAUGGGCAGAGGGAGGAAGAUGGCUCCCAAGGUUCCUAGGCAUUGCAGGACCUUGGGGACAUCUGCUGGGUGGGUGGCCCAGACCCUCUGCUGGGAGGGGCAGCAUGAAGAGUGGAAGGAAACCGCUGCCUUUAUCUUGAAGUCGGCCACACUGGGCCUGGAGCCCUGGGCGGAGGCCCCGGGGUUCCCCACACAGGGCACUGACUGAUAGCUUACACUGAGGACCGUGGAGACUCUGCAGAGUCACUCACACCAUUCAUACGCCCAGGACAGCUAGUUUGUGGUUUUUAAAUUCAGUAACAACUAUUAUGAUUAUUUAAAAAGAGAAAGUUUCAGAUUUGCCAUUCACGGCUUAUUUAUAUAUAUGUGUGUGUAUAUAAAUAUAUGCACACACACUCGCAUACAUAUAUAUUUUUGGCUGGGGGAGUGUGAGUUUUGCCUCUCUAAGGGAGGGACCGCGCAGACUCCUUUGUUCUGUAUUCUGGCACAGAUGGGUCCUGGCCUUGUGUCACUGGCUUAUACUUAAAGAUCAUCUCCCAUCCUCCCCAGCGCCAUCUGUGUGCAGAAACCAGAAAGGGAUGAACUUGGCCCUCUUACGGGCCUGGACGAGAUAAGACCUGUGGGUCUCUUCCAUACCCUUUCUGUUGCCAGUCGGCAACCUGUAACUCCCAUUCUCUUCCCAGUGAAUCCCUGGGAGCGCCUGACCCUGGUGGGCUGCUCAGCUUCCUGCUGCUGGGGCCAGUGAUUUUUGAGGAUUUAUCUUUGGGCCAGGCUUGCCUCAGUACUUAUCCCUGCUCUCCCAUUUCUCCCUUGUUUGAGAGAGAAUGAGGAAGCAAAGAGUGAGAAAGAAUAGGGCCUGAAGAUGCUACUCCCAGAUGGCUCUUUCUGUCUUGUUCUUUUGUUGAAACAUACGUGCUGUGGGCCUCAGGCUUUUCUGAAGUGCUGUCUCUUGGAUUGGACAGGAAAUCAGCAGGGUGCACGUCUGCUGUGGUCUGAAGUGGUUUGCAGGUCAGCCUCCUCUCCCUGGUGUAGAGCAAGCCAGUGUCCUUCGAGGACCCCACCCGGCUGGCCGGGAAGUUUUACAGCAAGGCGCCUGCCUUGGGAUAAUUCCUUGGUGAAAUUCACCUUCCCCCUGCCUCUGUCUGGAGCCCCAUCCUGUGUUAUCUGUGGUUUUUGGACCCCUAAUGUCAGCUUGGCUGUAGGACCCCCUGAGGUUUGGUAUGUGCUAGAACAAUGGGAGGCCGUGAUUUGCUGUGUAAGCUCACAUCCAGCCUUCGAAUCUUAACAGGCAUUCACAGCCCGAGUUACCCCUUUCCACUCCCUGCUUAGGAUUCUGUUCCCUGGGCUGAAAGUGAAAUAAGCUAAUUUUUUGGGUCGUAGUGGCAGUAGGGGAACCUAGGAGGGUGUGAGUGGAAUUGGUCAGGGAUUUAGCCCAUGAAAUCUGUUUCUUGAACCCUACUUUCUUGAAGUGGAGUUGACUCGAAGGUUUCUAGCAACUGAACAAAAGCUCAGGUCUGUCCUGGUCAUGCACAUGCCUUAAGCCAGUUCCGUCUUCCCUAGACCUUGGCAUCCUGUGCUUCUACUUCUCGGAAUACGUUCUCCUCUGACCUGCCUGUACCACACGGGUCUUCUUCAAGUAUUGUUUUGAAGCUGGGCUCUUUUGGUAGCUCCCACCCACCUGUAGGGCUAGCUCGGCUUAAGGGAACGCUCCCCAUUGGCAAACCGGACCUGGCUACUGCCAGGACUGUGUUUCCAGAGGUUCCCCCUGGCAACAGCCCGUAGCUCCCCCCGCUGAGGCAGCGACCUAGGAAGUGUGGUUUUGUUCCCAGCAGUCGGGGGUCGGAUGCUCUGCCUCAGAACUUUCUAGUUGCGCCCUCCCUGACUCUUGACUUGUAUUCCUUUUAGCAGUAGCCUUCUUCCCUCGGGGAGCCAAAGAGUGUGGUGUGUGGCGCUAUAUUGUGGCUGCUAUUUUAUCUGGUUUAUUUUAAUGUGAGGAACUCAUAUACUGACUUUAGUGGGACUCGGUGAGCCGGGGCCGUCUGUGUGGUGGGACCCCCUUUAGAGGGACUUGGUGAGCAAAGGUCGUCUGCAUGGUGGGGUCAGGGGCCUGUCCCUUUAGUAGAGCCAGGUUGUCGGGCCCCGAACGUCACUGGUGGAUCCAAGAAGGGCUGAGUGGUCUGACACCAAAACGUGCCGCACGGAGGGCUGUGGUGCCGGUGCUUCCAGCAAGGACAGCCCUCCUUGACCCUGAAAGGAACACUGGCUUGAAGGACUGCAGACAGGUUCGGAGGGGCACGCCCUCCUCGGCGAGAGGCAGCAAGGCGGUCGCGGUGUCACUGGUCAGGUGCAUCUCACCAUGGCAAAGCCGCUGACCUGUGACUCAUGCAAGACGGGAAAGUAGCACCACAGACGCCGGGUCUCCUUGGCUGUCUGUGAGCCGCCCGUGGCCCCCUCGUCCUGGCCCGCAGGGUGCAGGACCUUCCUCGUUCUCUGGGUGGCCGGCUUGCUGCUCCGGUUUGGGCUGUCCUACUUUAAUGCCAUCCCAGGGCUCCGCAGGCCGCUGUGAGCGCUGGCUCCCUGGGCAGUGCUCCUCCGUGUGGACGGUGCCUCGGGCCAGGGCUCACCAGCUGGGGUCCUGUCCAGAAGGAUGGGAUCUUUCUGGGAGCUGCGCCGGACCGAGUGGGGAGCUCCUAGUUUGGAGGGGGGAAGCUUUGAUAUCCAUGCCACGUCCAUCCACCCCACCCCUUUUCGUCACGAGCACAAUGGUCUUACAUUGGAUUUUUGUAAAAAAAAGAUAAAAAUAAAUGGAGACUUUAACUCAA